CUUUUAUCGCGAAUUCUAUGGAAUAUUUGAAAUGAGCUACGGCAGUUCGCGCAUGCGCGAUGUAGAGCUAAGCUUGCGCACCACGCGACUGUACGUGACUGUUCGCUAUUGCCAUUGGGAUUGGGGGGAUUGGGAAUAUUGUUCUAUUGUGAAGCAAAACGGAAGGACGUGUAAGACAGCGGGUGCGACACGAGGUGUUUUCAAAGGACAAGGUUAAAGGAGCACACGUGUGAUCCUAAACACUCGUGGUACCAACAAUCGUAAAGGUCAUGAAGAAUUUAACGGUAGACCAAUACACUAGCAAGGCGAUCUAUUUUUUACAAGAUGCUGAGCCAGAUAAAAUUUCGAGAAUACAAUGUGCCAGCGAUCCAAGUGGAUAUGUUCAUUUAUAUGUUAUGUUGGAUAACGAUCUGUAUAUAAUAACAAGGGAUUCCGACGAAUGUGUUGAGAAACAUAGCAGUAUUGUAGAGCGAGAGUGCACCAAAGUAGUCGGAUUGGAGUAUUGCAUUACAAUCCAAGAAUUAUAUUGCGCAUACGAGGAUGGUGAUAUUUUGAAGAUAGAAGUUUCUGAUUCAGAUGGUUGUAAGUGCGAUGUAGCGCGUCACUUUGAUGAUGGCUUACAGUGUAUGAAACUUAGUCCGGAUCAUGAAAUCAUCGCAGUCGUGACGGGUGUGGGAACUGUGAUUCUCAUGGUUGCAGGCUUUGAAGUAGUGGCAAAGAUGGAUUUAUAUUCAUCAGAUCUCGGAAGUCAACAAUUCGUUAGUGUUGGUUGGGGUAGAAAAGAGACGCAGUUUCAUGGCUCAUUGGGUAAAGCAGCGGCUACAAUUAAGCAGAGGGAGGAACCGAAUACGAAUGAAUCGAAUACGUGUCGUACUCAGAUUAGUUGGCGCGAUGACUGUGAAUUAUUUGCCGUCUAUUUUGUACACCCCAAGACACAACAGCGGUGCUUUAGAACGUAUGAUAAAUUGGGUACUUUGGUCUGUAGCAACGAAAAUUUAGACGAAUUUGGUGACGCCUUCGCCUGGAAGCCAUCAGAAAAUCUGAUCGCAACGACCAUGAGAAGUGAUGAUAAACUUGCUUUUGUAUUUUAUGAGAAAAAUGGUCUUAAACUUAAGAAUCUUACACUUCCCUUCGACCCGAGUAAACUAAUCGUAACGGAUAUAUUUUGGUCGCCAGAUGGAAGCAUUUUGACUACGACUUGUAAACAUGUACUGGAACCCCAUUGUACAACGUUGCAAUUAUGGACUGAAACUAAUGAUCAUUUAUAUCUUAAACAAACUAUCUCCUUUGCUGCGGAUAAUCCAUUACUGUACGCGACAUGGGCACCUGAAGAAUUCACGGACAAUAAAAACAGAUUGAUUUUAUUAUCAUUAAAGGAAUUUAGAGCUCUCUCGUUCAAUUGGUGCGUCAAUCGUAGCAGAGGACAAACUGCGGACGACCUGGCCGUGGUUGGUGUCAUUGACGGAUACAAAGUGCUAAUUACUGCUUUUAGAAGCGCAGUUGUCCCACCGCCACUGUGCCAUUACACUGUAGACAUUAAGUUACCAGUAAAUGCUAUUGCAUUUGCACCAGAUGUCAACGAUGAGACAUCGCAUGUAAACAGCAAUAUGUUCUGCAUCAUCACAAGUGAUAAUAACCUUUUUGUUUGCAAGCGAAAAAUAUUUCAGGAUCCUCGAAUAGCAUAUGAAAUAGUCAAGAAAUACAAUAUUCGCUGUUACGAUUACAUAACCAUUGAGGACACUUCAUACGUUUUGAGUCACUUUUUAUGGUAUACGAAGGAUACUGUAUUGUGUUCGGUAGUUGCUCCAGGUUUGAAUGAUGCGGUGGGUGUUCUACGUCUACGUGAUAUGGAUUCUGGGGAAGACGGUGUUAUUACAGUCGAAUUACAGGGAAGGCCCAUGGGCACUUCGAUACAACAUAUAGUCGCUUCUCCUGAUCCCGAUGAAGCUUAUGUAGUGUCAGAUGGAUGUGUAUAUAAAUUUACUGAAAAGUCGGUCGAACUGACGAAUAUUCCACUGAACGAGACGUGCUGUCAAGUAGACGUUACGAAAUACGGCGGUAAAGAAAAAAAGUACCUCGUUGCUUUAACCCAUACAAAUCGUUUGUUGGUGGAUGGAUGUGAAUUUUCCAAGUCGAUUCUAAGUUACUUUAUACAUACCGACGCCUUACUGUUUACGACGCUGCAAAACACUUUAAUAUGCAUCCCAUUUCUAAUUAAACCUAUGGAACAAAUGAAGCGAGACAAGUUCGAUUAUGAACACUGGGCUCAACAUGUCAAAGAUGAUAAAGUAUCGUCUUGUGAUCUACCGAUUGGAAUUCAAGACGUUAGACGCAUCGAAAGGAACUCUUACAUACUUGCAGUGGUGCCUCAAGGAUCGAGGACAAUUUUGCAGAUGCCCAGAGGAAAUCUGGAAUGUGUAGAACCAAGAGUAUUAGUGGUGAACAUAGUUAAAGAUUAUUUAAAUACUUGCAACUAUGCGAAAGCGUUCGACUACAUGAGAAAGCAACGUAUGAAUUUCAAUUUGAUAUACGACCACGAUCCGAAAUUGUUUACCGACAAUGCCGAGAAGUUCGUAGAGAGCGUUGCGAGUGGCGAAUUUUUGAGUCUGUUUUUGUCGUCGUUAACGAAUGAAGAUGUCACUAAAACGAUAUAUUCAGUUUCUUACGUAGAUCUGUCGAAGUCAUCAAAACAAAGAAGAUCAGAUAGCGAGGAGAUUAAAGUCGAUAAAGUGAUGCAUAUCUGUAAUUUAUUAAGAAAUGUCAUGGAGAAACGACAGAAUGCGGAUGAACUGCUACAUCCAAUAUUGAUAGCUUUAUUGAAAAGUCAAGGCGAGAAAGGAUUGGCAAUAGCUCUUGCUAAAGUAAAAGAGCUGAUACCGUUGGAGAAUGCACAAGAGUGCUCCCUUCACGUGUCUGCUGAAAAAGCACUGAACUAUUUACUGAAUACAGUGGAUAUUAAUGCUUUAUAUGAUACCGCAUUAAGCACGUACGAUCUUGAAUUGGCAACGUUUAUAGCUUCCAAAUCACAAAAAGAUCCAAGAGAGUACUUACCAUUUUUAAAUAGCUUGAAAGUUAUGGAUGAACACUACAGGAAGUAUGUUGUCGACAUACAUCUUAAGAAUUACGAAUCGGCACUCGUACAUAUAGCCAAAGAUUUAAAUAGAUUUGACACGUGUCUAAAGUUAAUAUGCAAUCAUAACUUGUAUCAGGAGGCAUUGAAAUUGUUUGAGGAAAAUACCAGGGAAUAUAAAUUAAUAGCUAAAAGGUUUGCGGAAUAUUUAAUCGAACAGAAAAUGUAUCACAAUGCCGCUAAGAUGUUUUAUAAAAUUCACAAGCUGGACAGAGCUGCAGAAGCGUUCAUAUUAGAUGGCAAUUGGGAAGAUGCUAUUUUAAUAUUUAAACAAAUGGAACUAAGCCCUCCAGAUUUAUGGGUACGUUAUGAAAGGGCAGCGAGGGAUUUAAGGGCAAACAGAAAGUAUGAUGGCGCGGCCAUGGUAUUAUUGAACUAUUUGAACAAUCCCGAAGAAGCCAUCGCUGUAUUGUGCGAAGGAAGGAACUGGAAACAUGCAAUGCGGGUGGCAUGCGAUCUGUAUCGUCCAGAUCUAACUGAGACACUUAUUAAACCUGGGAUAAACGAGCAUGUAAAUUUCUUAUUACUGCAAUUAAACAAGACUAAAGAAGAUUUCCUGAAAUAUAAAUCGCGCCUUAAGUUAUUGAGAUCACGGAUGAGUGAAAACCGACAGCUGGUAUAUAGUGAAAUGUUUUCCUUACUUAAAUCGAUGCCCAAUGUUAUGGGUAAGAAUAAUGCUACGGGCACGCUUAGUGACACAAUCAGUAUCGCGGAUACUGUCUCAACUAGAAACACGGAAACAUCUAUCAGAUCCGGAAGGAGCUAUCGAUCGAGUAAGAAUCGCAGAAAGCAAGAAAGGAAACUCUUGAGUUUGAAAGAAGGCAGCAUGUUUGAAGAUUUUGGCUUAAUAAGCGCUCUUUACUAUAUUAUUGCCGAUGUAUAUAAAAAUAUAGACGAAUGGACCGAACUUCUUAAAAUAUUAGCGAAAUUCAACUUAGAAGAAAGUGCGCGGAAACUUCAGGACGAAAUCAAUAGCUUUCUCUGUUUGGCGGAAAAUAGUAAAUCUGAAAUUUGGGAUCAAAAUGCCCCCACGAGUGUACAGGAACUAAUGAAAAAACCGAAUUAUACAGAAGCACAAAUUGCGGACUUACUCGCACCCGUUAAAUCGUUAGAACAAUUUAUAUUCUUUCCGCCUGAGACUAACGUGUCAUGUGUAGAUGUAAUUUAAAACAAUUUUUUUCCGGAAUUAUAUAUUUUUUAUAAAUUUUUUCAAACGAUAUAAAUAAAUGAUAUAAAUUAACGUAUGAAAAAUACUUGAGAAACUAAUGUUGUAUUGUGGCAUAGCAUAUAACAUUCUGUAAUAUAAAUAAAUAUAAACGAUUUAUGGUGAA